CUCAUAAGCGCCCGCCGCCAUUUCACGAAACAACAGCGCGGAGAAAACAACAAACGGCAACGGAUUUUUAACUUAAACUUAACGUUAACACCCGAAAUAACCGAUUUUUUCUUAUUCAUUCGCGUUAAAUUUCGUGUUUGUGUCUGUAAGUUGUAGAUUUAAGAGUCACCGUUGUGGGGAAGCGGUCGUUUUCGUCGCGAACAUGAGUUACGGUAGGCCUCCGCCGGACGUGGAGGGGAUGACCUCGCUCAAAGUGGAUAAUCUCACGUACCGGACCCUCCCCGAGACCCUGCGCCGGGUCUUCGAGAAGUACGGCCGCGUGGGGGACGUGUACAUCCCGCGGGACCGCUACACGAAGGAGAGCCGCGGCUUCGCCUUCGUCCGCUUCUUCGACAAGCGCGACGCGGAGGACGCCAUGGACGCGAUGGACGGCGCGCUGCUGGACGGGCGGGAGCUCCGGGUGCAGAUGGCGCGGUACGGCCGACCUCCAGACCCCAUGUACGGCCGCAGCAGCAGGGGGUCCGCUCCCAGGAGGUAUGGUGGAGGGUACGGCCGCAGGAGCAGGAGCCGCUCGGACAGCAGGGGGCGCCGCCGACGUAGCCGCUCUCGCAGCCGGAGCCGCUCUCGGUCUCGCUCCCGCCGCUACAGCCGCUCCAGGUCCCGCUCCUACUCCAGGUCCAAGUCCCGCUCCAGAUCCAAGUCCCGGUCCAAGUCCCGCUCCAGGUCCAAGUCGCGCAGCAGGACCCCGGCCUCCAACAAAGGGUCAAAGUCCAGGUCCAAAUCCAGGUCGAGAUCCAAGAGCAGACCCAAGUCCCCGGAAGACAACGGGACAGAGUCUUAAAAACCCCACGGAGCCAGCUGCUGCUGGAGUGGAGCAGAGGAGGAGAGGAGGAGAGGAGGGUGGUGUGGUGUGAGAGGAGAGCAGUUAGAGAGAAGGAGGAGGAGACGCCCAGGGACCAGCUCCUGCCCUGGGCUCCUGAGCAGCAGCAGAGGCGGGGGGUGGAGCUGGUGGUGUGUGAGGUGAUGAUGGUGUGGUGAGGUACGUUCUUGGGGCCACAGGAAGGGGGCGCUGCGCUGCGACGCCUACAGGUUUGUGCUCUCACAUCAGAAGGACGAGCGGUGAGCAGCUCUGUGGGCUGCAGACGUAGGGUCCAAUAUUCUGCACUUUAACAUGAAGGGCUGGGCAGUAGGACCAACUAACCCCUGAGGUAAGGCUCAAAGAAAACUAGAAGUGGACCAGAAUUGAGUCUGAACUUGAAUUUUUCAAAGCCUGGACUCAGAAUCUUCACUGAUCCUCGACACGGGGGAAAACUGGGCAUUAACUUAUAAGAGUUACACUCCCAGAAUCUCCUUGAGACUUGAUCGAGCUCAUUUAGUGCAACUGCUGUUUUCAAGUAGAACUAAAAAUGUCCAGACUUCUUUCUAUGGAGCUGGAGAUGUCUCUGAUCUACUUGGAAUGUUCCACAGUGUGACUUUAAACAGCUCUACUUUACAUUUAUUCAAUCACAGCUGAUUUUACAGCUCAAAAAUACAUAGAAAAACAGACAGUGUGACUGUGAGCGCAGUCGCCUCUCCACAGAUCUGACCUGUGACUUGGUCUAGUUUGGUUUUGGAUGUUAUUAAACCUUUUUAUCUUCAUGGAGACCAAACCGGACCAAGUUACAGGUCAGAUCUGUGGAGAGGCGACCCCGAUCAGUCAGAACUAAGGAUGGGCUUGAUUAGUCGACUGAUCCGUAAAUUGAUCAUUAAGAAUUUUGUCGAUUACGUUUGUUUUUAUUCGACAAACCAAAUGUAGGUUUCUGUGCGUAGAGACGAGGCUGCGUCUGACACAAACACCGGAGUUGCGGCCUCACAGUCCCACGUUUGGGCUCUGGCUCCUCCUUGGAGAGGAGCAGUUUUUUUCCCCGCUUCGUUUAUGCAAAUGAGCCAUGCAGUUGCAAGUUUAGUUUCUGUGGGACUUGCACAAAGCUGCAUCAAACACAUAAUGUCAAACAGGCUGAUGUGGCUCUAGAGCGUUUAUGGUUUAAAUGUAAAGUUCAGUUUAUUUAUGCAGAUUAGUAAAAGUAAUAACAGUUAUGAUCAUUUGAAUAUAAAAAUUUUAAUGAUUAAUCGAAAAUGGAUCAAAAAUUUAAUCAAAUGCCCAUCCCAGGUCAGAACGCCUGUUUUUCGAGGUGGUAUUGAGCUACAAAAAAAAAUUGAUUCAUUAGAUAUAAAGUGGAGCUGUUUAAUGUCACACUGUGGAACAUUCCGGGCACAGAAACAAGCAGGUGAAGGACCCUCCACCAGAAAAGUGACACUAAGCACCUUUUUAAAGUUUCAACAUCAGAUUGUGUUCAGUUUAAAACUUCCGCCUGGACUCAGAAUCUUCACUGAGAGCCUCGACUCGGAGGAAAACUAGGACCGGACUUUUAAACGUUACACUCCCAGAAUCUCCUUGAAACUCGGUCGAGCUCAUUUAGCGCAACUGCUGCUUUCAAGUAGAAGUGAAAAUGUCCAAACUUUGCUCAAACCACAGUUGAAAUGCUCUGAUAAACCAGGCAGCGCUUUAAGGACUGAAGGGCAAGAGGAGAAAACGGACUCAGACUCCGCUCCGAGAAUUCUUCAGAAACAAAAGAUUGCAUACAAGUUUAGUUUAGAUGAAUGGAAGGAUUCUAAAAUCUUUUACCAAGACGUACAUCAGGUGUUUGAACCGACCGUCCGUGUGGUUUUUGUCCUGAUCCAAACUGAGCCGUAGACUUUUUUUUAUUAUUACUGAUGUGGUAAAAGUGCCCAGCCCUGAUCAUGUCCAGGCCUCAUUCUCAGCCUCUCUCUCUCUCUCACUCUCUCUCGUCUCUGGCUCUUUCCACUCACUAGUUUUUGUUCUUUCUUUUUCCACAGAACUCUGCGGACCCACGGACGCCACGACUAAAAACCACCCACGCUUCCACUCACCCAGCCUGAAAGGUUAACGGAGCUCGGUCUAACUAUUUUAACGAUAAACACGAUUUCUGCCUAAAGGUUCUGUCCAUCCUUUAAAAAAAACAAAAAAAAAACUGUUUGCGAAGCUGAGAAUUUUCACAUGUCGCUUGCGUAUUUUUAUUUGGUUGAGUAACAUUGUUCUUGUCAAUAAACGUUUUGUUUCUUUCAAA